GAGAUUGUAGAUCAGAGAUGCGCCGGUCGCACCGCCGCCAGCCUUGUGCCGAGCUCCUCCGCCGUCGCCGCCUCGCCACCCAAGUGGUCCUCGUAUGAGGAUCGGGCCGUGUUCCAGUCGGGGCGAGGAAAUAAGCAGCUCCAAAGUUUGGAGCUGCAAUUUAGAAUCGAGAAGUUCUUUUCGGAGCGGCAAUCCGCAAUCCAGUCGGGGGGAGGAAAUAAGCAGCUCCAAAGUUUGGAGCUGCAAUUUAGAAUCGAGAAGCUCUUUUCGGAGCGGCAAUCUGCAAUCAAGCGGCUCCUUUCGGAGCGGCUGUCCGCAAUCAAGCAGCUCAUUUUCGAGCUGCAAUCCGCAAUCAAGCGGCUCCUUUCGGAGCUGCAGUCCGCUGUCAAGCGGCUCCUUUCCGUGCCGCCAUCGACGCAAUCAAGCGUCUCCGAAUUCGACUAGAUCUCUUAUUUUCUAGAAUAAGAUCGACUACAUCUCUUUUCGGUCUCCGAGUUGCCACGGUCUUCCAGGCUGAACCCAAGCCGCUAUAUAUAUCUGUCCAGGACGCCCCGGCAGUCAUCAGAUCUCGAAGCAGAACCGCAAGUCCCGAGCUCGGUUGACCUAGACGGGAGCCAAGGAGUGCGAAAUCAACUCUGCUUUGUUCCCAUGCCAAAUGCAGAAAAACAACGGAGAUGAUAGAAUCAGCACCUUGCCCAGUGACAUUCUGGUCAACAUUCUUGACCGACUUGAUGUCCGUGAAGCUGUGAGAACCAGUAUCCUCUCCAGACGGUGGAGUCAGCUCUCUUGCAAGCUCUCACGACUUAUCAUAAAUGCUCAGCCUGAUGGUGUGUCUAGCUCCAACAUCUCUGAUGGUGACUUGGUUCGGAUCAAUGCAGCUGUUGUUGAAGCGACAAAGAGCUUACUGACCCGCAGAUAUCCAGGCGAAGACACCAUCAGCCUCCUGUCUACCACGUUCUACUUGAGAGGUGAUGCCCCCAUAUCCAUUGGACAUGCUGUUGGCAGCGCCAUGAUGACACACAAGAUUGAGAAAGCUGAAUUCACAGUUUUGACAGUGAAGAAUCGCCUAUAUUGCACUCUUGAUGAUGUGUUGAACUAUGGGACACAGUUUGUGUCAUUUUUUAAUGAGUGUCUGAAUGCAUUUACUGGUUUGACGCGCCUCUACAUGGAGAAUUUGAGAUUUGCUGAAUCUGACUUCGUCUCCAACAUCUUCGUCACUUGCAAGCGAUUAAAAUAUUUAGGUUUUCUCAAUUGCGACACAAAGAAGCAUUUAACACUCCAGGUCAAACACGCUCAACUAAGUGAGCUCAGUAUGGUCAACUGCUGUUUUUACAAAGUCGAACUCAAGUGGCUCCCAAGACUCACUCGGACAACGUUCACAUGUUGGAUGGCUUUUGAAGAACUACCACUGUCAUUUGGUCAUGUCCCUCUGCUUGAGUUUUUGAACCUCACAAAUAUCGGUCUUAGUCGGAACAAAAUGGUCAUGUUAAGUACAUUACUUUGUGAGACACACAUACAAGAACUGCAAUUGGGGUUUAAAUGCGAAAAGAUUUGGGUUCAACCAGAGUGUCUGAGCGAAAGGCUGGCUUCUGCGUUCCACAGACUAAGGAUUGUCAGUCUAGUUAGCAUUCCUGAAGGGUCUGAUCUUACGUGGACAAUUUUCAUUUUGGAAGCUGCGCCAUCACUUGAAGAGUUGUACAUGUCGGUAAUUGAUCAUCCGUGUGAGAUGAUAAUGGAUAAGAAAAGGAGGACGGAACUCUUGCUUUGCGAAAAGAAGGGCGUCGAGUGGGAAUCACCUAGAUCAAAUUUCAAGCACCGCCGCCUUGCCAAGCUCAUCAUCUUUUGCUUUGUAAAUUGCAUGGUGAGUUAUGUCUGGCGUGUCAUGAAAGCAGCGGUGAAUCUGAAGGAUGUGUACCUGUAUGAUAGACUGGCAUGUAGCAAGUGUGAACACAUGGCCAUUUUUAAGCCUGGUAGGCUUCCACGGGCAAAGAAGAAGUUGAAUGCGAUGAAGAAGUUGUUGACCCAGGGCAUCGAGUCAGCUCCCAGAAUUCACCUGCUGACUGAUUGUGAAAUGGAAGCUGACCAUGCUGCAAGGGUUAAAGACUUCUUAUGUUCCUGAAGAUAACUGAAGGCUUUUUAGGAAGUUCAUGUAAUAACACUCGGUUGGAGUACUCUAUAUGACUUGUCAGUUUCUUGUUUGAUCUGCUUUUCUUUACUCAAAACCAGUUGGAAGUAGCAAAAUAAGAAUUACUCAAUCCGGUUGUACCGUAAGUAAAUUUUAGGACCAGGUUUGUAUUUGGAUAUUCAUGCUAUGGUGUGUUAUUGAUGAGUGCAUCAGUUGAUACGGUCCUAUGAGAUCUGGCUGCUGAACU